GUUCAGUCGUAUACUUAAUUGGAUUUCCCACAUUACGCAUACUUUGCUUUCAGAAAAUUAACAAAGGACUUGUGUCGAAUGGGCAGUGAUUUUUAAGGUAUAAAAAUACUUCACAAUAUCGGGUUUGUGGCUGAAAGAUCUAGAGGGAAUUAAGUACUAAACGAUACACAGAUAGAUCUUCCGAGAACGUGUAGCAACUUAAACAGAAUACCAAAGAUGACCCGAUAUGUCCAGCUAUAAAGAUCUGAAGCCUUCACAAGUUAAAGACAUCCCUUUUGUUAAUAUAGGUGCCCAAGAUCUUAUUACGAUAGAAGCUAACUGGAAAGGUUUAGUGAGAAAAGAAGGACAACUGGAACGUGGAUUAAAGAAACUUGGACCCCUCUCUAAAGUUACAAGUAUUCAGUGGAGACAAUUUUUUGUUGUCCUAUCUCAGGGUUGUGUUUACGUUUUUCAUGAUGAUCAUUCAUCAUCUCCGAAAGUUCACUUCUCUCUUAUGAAUUAUCACAAAUUAAGAAGGAAUUUUAGUAUACCCCACUCUUUUGAAAUCCUGCCAUGUUCCUCGGAGGGCAAAGUAUACAAAUUCAGUUGUGCAACAGAUACGGAGAGGCUGGAGUGGAUGAGAGCUAUAUAUAUAUCGAUGCUUGCAGUUCAUAAAGAAGCCUUACCAGACCAUGAACACAUAAAACUAAAAAAACCCGAAGAAUAUAAUCUUCUCGAAUCAACCGUCGGUGCCUCGGCUUCUGCAGCAAAGCUUUAUGAGAUAGAAGAUGAAGAUGAGUCGUCAGAUGACAAUUAUGACAAACCUGAUGAGUCUAUCGUAAAACAUAAUAAAUAUGAGCCUGAUCCAACUACGAAAUACGUAUCAACAACUGGCACCAUUCCAGAAGAGACAAAUUCUAAAAGAAUACAAAAAUCAUUUUCAGAACAACGAGAGACAUAUGAAGAUGCUGCCUCGCCGAAUGAAACCGUAAAACAAAGGAGUUUUUCUGAGGGGACCGUGAACGUUAAUGCUGGAAACACUAGUGUAGAUACUGUCAAUUCUACUUCAGUGCAAACAAAAACUAAACCAAAACCCCAAGUAGCACCCAAACCCGCUAAACCAGCAAAACAAAAAAUGUACAUCAAUUCACUAAAUGCGCCUGAAUCAUCUAAUUCAAGGACAAAAUCGCCUGCAUCGCGAUUACGUAUGACAGCACCAGAUUCCCAUUCACGAACGAAUUCACCAGCCUCAAAUUUACGCACCUCAUUGCCAUCUCGUUCACGAACAGAAUCACCACCAACAGAACUUCAAUUGCCAGUAUCUUCAGAUUCAAGCUCUAGGCCUUCCUCACGUGAAAGUGACAAGCAGUCAAGAUCCCCAGAGCCUACUAUAUCGACACCCAGGAAAACACCACCUUGUUUCACAAAGCGUGGCAACUUGGGGGAUACUAAUUAUUUAAACAUGACAGAGGAAGCAGGCUAUGUGCAGCCAGAUCCCGGACUUGAUCCAGCGUCGGAAUACAUGUUUAGCGGAAACAGAGAUGACAGUGCACGGGAAUUACAAUUGCUGGCAGACCGAACUUUCUUAGUUAGAGAUUCUUCUGAACCCGGGAAAAAGGUUUUAGUGGUGAAAACCAAAGCUGGGCUUAAGUCGUACAAAAUCGAAAUCGAAAAACACAGUGAAAAGUUCAUGAUUGAAGCCAAUUUGACGUUUGAUACACUGCACGAAGUUUUAGAACAUUAUAAAAGACACAACCUUCCAAAUAUAGGUAUCCCUUUAAGACUCGGAUACAAUGCUAAACAAAGUUCUGUACCGGAUGAUGACGACUACGAACCUGUUGGACAACCAUUACUGUAGUGUUCGAACACAAAUCAGUGAUAUACAAUGCCUUGAGUUGGGUAAUCUCGAUUGUUUGGUAAUUCUGCAGUAUUUUUACAUACCGACAUAAUUUAAUCGUUUAUUGACUUUAUCCAGAAUCUCCAUGUAGUAUACUCAUCAAUUUUUUAUACUACCGCAAAAUUUCUGCGGCCGUAUAAUGGUAUGGCGAUGUGUCCGAAGACAUUUGGGCCCCAUUUUUAAAUUGGUCCACAUUGAGGAUUAAAGAUUCCACUUUGUUUGAUUUCAUCAAAAAUUGAAUUAUUUGGGGUUCUUUGAUAUGCCAAAUCUAUUUGUGUUAAUAGAUAUUUUUUUUUUGACCCCGUUUUCAAAUUAAGGUCCAAAAUUAAAUUUUGUUCGAUUUUAACAAAAAAUGAAUUCUAAGGAUUCUUUGAUAUGGUGAAUCUAAACGUGACUGUAUUUAGAUUUUUGAUUUUGGGCCCAGUUUUUAAGUUGGUCCAAAUCGGGGUCUAAAAUUAAAAUUGAAUAUAUGGGGUAUUUUGAUAAGCUGAAUCUUACAGUGUAUUUACAUUUUGGAUUUUGUGUCCCAUUAUCAAAUUUGUUCACUUUGAGGUCCAAAGGAUGCAAAAUUAAACUUUGUUUAAUUUCGUCAAAUUGAACCCUUGGGUUCUUUAUUAUGCUGAAUGUUACCAUGUAUUUAUAUUUUGGAUAUUGCCUAUAAUAGGUAAAUGUCCAAUUUCAAAUUUUCAAGACCACAUUAAUUCUGUGUCAGAAACCUAUGCUGUGUCAAUUUGACAAAUAUUUAAUCACAAUCCAAAUUCUGAGCUGUACCAAAUAAAAUUGAGAAUGGAAAUGGGGAAUGUGUCAAAGAGACAACAACCCGACCAUAGAGCAGACAACAGCAAGCUUGAAAGUUUUGUCCAUAAUUUCCCCAAGGGUUCAACCUCUGCGGUCGUAUCAAGCUGCGUCUUUCGGAGCAUUUUAUUUUUUUAUGUAUGCCUUUUUCAUUAGAUUCACAAGUUGUGAAAUCUUGAUUGUUUGGUAAUUUUGUAGUAAUUUAUCAUACUGAAAAAAAUGAAUCGUUGACUGAAUUUAUCCAGAAUCUCCGACUACUCAAUUCUCUUCAACUUUCUUAUGUUUAUUGUCUCCCGCGUAACGUGUUGCGGGGGACAUGGAAAUACCGGGCGUCCGUCCGUGUGUACGUCCGUCCGUCCGUCCGGUCUUGUUAGCGCUCUCACAGGUACAAUUCUUGCCAGAUUUUUAUAAAACUUAUACUACAGGUUAAUAUCAGCAUUAUCUCGGACAAGUUCUAUAAUGGUGGCCGAUCGAUUUUUUUAAAAAGAGUUAUGCCCCUUGGAAAUAUUAAAUAUGUGCAACGCGGGGGACAUUGGAACUCUGUUCUUUUAUAUUUAUACCUUUUUCAUUAGACUCACAAGUUAAACUGUCAUUUAUAGUUUUAUUAAUGCUUUUUAAUAUGUUGCAUCCAAGAAAUAGUUAUGUAUGUAUAUUGAUUUAACUUAUGAGUAAUAAAAAUAUAU